AAGUGUCCGGACUGGAAGGGGGUGAAAGUGUCCGGACUGGAAGGGGGUGAAAGUGUCCGGACUGGAAGGGGGUUGAAAGUGUCCGGACUGGAAGGGGGGGAAAGUGUCCGGACUGGAAGGGGGGGAAAGUGUCCGGACUGGAAGUGGUUAAAGUCCAAAGUGGCAGCCGAUUCAAAAAGCUAGAAGAGAUUGUGUGUGAA